AUGGUUCUGCUCCUCGCUAUUGCAUCUGUGGUUUUAAUGCCGACUGCCUUGUUGGCAGCGACACUCCCAAGUGGCAGUUCAAGAAUUAUUGGUGGAACACCAGCUAAAUUAGCUCAGUUUCCUGAUCUUAUUUCUCUUGAAGAGGGCUCUCGCCAUGUCUGCGGAGGCAUGCUUCUCAAUGGAAGAUUUGUUUUGACAGCUGCCCAUUGUCUCAUAGAUAAACACAACCUCACUGUCCGUGCAGGAACUUUGGUAAGCCAUCAAGAAAUGGAACAAGACUAUGAGGCACCACUGAAAGGAGGCCAAACAGCUCGUGUUGCGGCUACGCAGAUACAUCCCAAGUACAAUGAGCAAACUUCUCUCGAUGACGUUGCAGUGUUAUAUUUAUCGAGUUCGAUUCGUCAAAGCCAGACAAUCAAAUAUUCCAAACUACCAGAUUCUGGAUCAGACCCGGUACCCAAUUCCCUGGCUACGGCGGCUGGCUGGGGAGUCACUUCAACAACACGUUCUUAUCAGCCCGACAAACUACUUUUUGUCUCAAUUCCUAUUACUAGCCGCUCUACAUGUCAAGAAUUGUAUAUGAAAUUGAAUAUCAGCAUACCCGAGGAAACGCAACUAUGGAAGUCGUUGGCAUAA